UUGCCUUCUGACGCCCGACACCUAUCCGGCUAAUGUGCACUGUCAUGUACUCAGCCUCAGCAGAGCAUAGUACGGUGUAUGUUAAGCUGGUUACGGGAACCGCCAUAGCGUGGUCGCUGUCGCACGUUGGGUUAGACUUAACUGAGUCUCGGUCAAAUUGAUGGACGACUCAGAGGCAGUAAGUUGGGGUCAUCAAUGACAAGUCGGAUGAUUUUACUCACUCAUCCAACCAGGAGUUGGAUCUUUAUGAUUUAAUUGGAACUCUGUUCCUAACCAAAGUAGUCUGCUUGUAAGACGUGCCUCAGCCAAUUACAAGUACGGUGAAAAGGUGUCCUGGUCCGAUUGUAGUAAUAUUGUUCGCCCAACACCAGACCAAGAGCUGAGAGCCCGGCUCAUCAAUUGGAACUAUGUUCCUACCUAAAUAGUUGUCUUGUGGAGUAACGCCCAAGCGGAACGCAAGAUAAUGAAAUAUGGAUCUUGGCCCACUAGAGGUUUCGCUGGAAAUCUCCAAAUCAAUAUCGAGGGUUAUUGAUUUGUUAAAAAUAGUGGGAGAUAAUUAAUUAAAGGCCUAAUUAAUUAUUAAACAUGAUAGAUAACCUAGUUUGCAAAAUUUUCUGUAGAUGGCAAACAACAACAACCCUUUCAACCUGCGUUACAUCCUGGAAAACAACAAGUUAUCUGGGACCAACUUUCUUGACAGGGAGAUGAACCUCCGAAUCGUUCUUAACUAUGAGAGGAAACUAUACAUCCUCGAAACGGAUCCUCCCAAGACCCCUAAUGCCAAUGCUCGUGCGUCCGAACUCACUUCCUUCAAGAAGUAUGAGGACGACGCGCGAGAUGUAAAGUGUAUCAUUAUGGCCAGUAUGACCGCAGAGCUCCAAAGGCUCCACGCGGACAUGGAAGUGCGUCCUAUGAUACAAUGCUUAAGAGACCUUUACCAGGAAACAUCAUUUCUGUAUCUUGCCUUGACAAAGCAGGAUUUUCGUUCGUUGUAAAAGACAAAACUCUUUCUGUCUUUAGAAAUGAAAUAUUUUAUGCAACUGCAAAAAUGACCAACGGUCUCUAUGUCCUCGACAUGGAUACCGCAGUAUAUAACGUAGAUGUUAAGAGAAACAAACCUAACAGUUUGAAUCUCGCGUACCUUUGGCAUUGUCGUUUGGGCCACAUUAACGAGAAACGCAUAUCUAAGUUACAUCGUUCCGGUGUACUUGAUUCAUUUGACUUCCAGUCAUAUGAUGUAUGUAAAUCUUGUUUACUUGGU